CGGAGAAAGUAGGAGGAAAUGACAGAGAGAAGGGAAAGCAGGGCAGAGGGAGAAAGAGAGGAGGCCAUAGAGAUAGAGAGAGAUACAGAGGGGGUUUGGAUGUAGGAAUACACAGAAGAGAGAGCAUAAGAGAAAGCCAGACAGACAGCAGUGCAGACAGACGGACAGCAGUGCAGACAGACAGACAGACAUCAUUAUAGACAGACAGACACAGGCAGGCAGACAGACAGACAGACAGACAGAGGCAUGUCCACCCAACCGGGUCCCCAGCACAGGGUCUUGUUCCAAACCCCAGGUGAGGAGAAGACGGAAGAGGAGCCUCCUCAACGCAGACUGGGAAAACUCACGGUCAAGUACAACCGCAAGGACCUGCAAAAGAGGCUGGACAUCGAGGAGUGGAUCGACGGGCAGCUGCAUCUCCUGUUCGACUGCGAGGAGGAGGAUAUUCCAGAGUUAGAAAUUGACAUGGAUGAGUUGCUGGAUCUAUCAGACGCAGAACAGAGAGCAAAGCUACAUGACCUUCUUCAAGACUGUGACAAGCCCAAAGAGGACUUCAUCGACGGCUUGCUGUAUCGUAUGAAGGGACUUCGCAAGAUGUCCCUGAAAAAAUGAACAAACGUUGGAGCCGGAGACCAUGUGAAAUGAGACACCAUUCUCUCUCACCUGUAGCUGUGGAUGUGUGUACAGUGACAGUCCUCAUGUAUCUAGAUAUAUCCUAUAUGUAUCCACAAUCUGCACUAUCGGUGUCUAUAUUAGUGGUUGGCAGCACUUGUCAAAGAGGGUCCCCAUGGCCAGUCCGUCCUGGCCUUAUAUUAUUAGGACCAUUUGAUACCAUAUAUGUCUUACUCACAUAAGCCUGGUGGGUCUUCCAAUGGGGCAUCUGUGUAAAACUGAGAUUAAAUAUGACAUGAUAUAGCAUAGCGAUGUCCUACUAGAUUCAAACACCUCUUGGGAUCAGUUGCCUCUGAAGUAGAAUGAGAGAUCAUCCAGUCUAGUGUUGAUGGAUUAUCCAGUCUAUCGUUUAUGUUGAUGUUUUUCACUGUUAUGUUACAGAAUGGUUCACCAAUUCACCAUGGCCUGGUUUGUUAUGUUCUUCUGUGUUAAUGGACACUUCUGGCAUUUUGAAUAAUCAGAUCACAGAUAAUUGUUAUGUUGACAUUCUUUUUGUAUUUUUUUUAUUCUUUUUAUUAAAUGUUUUCUCUGAUGAAUCCCCUGCUAUGACUA